UCUAGUUAGGCCCUAGGGUUCAUCCUAUCCACCAAAUGCAACCAAUUCGGGGCAUCUAUGUCAAUAAUUUCGCGGCAUCUGCUUGCUGAUCGGUGCCUAACUUCCCUUCAUACUCAUACGUGAGAAGCUCAUCUCAACGACCCGGGCCUCACACGCAGCUGACUGGAAGUGGCCAGCUAGAGGGGAGCGGCGACGGCAGCUGGAGGGGAGUCGUUGUCUUCUCCGCCGGCGAGCCCCCUUCCCCCGUCUGCUGCCGAGCAGGACUGUGACAGCGGAGGUUGGCGGCGAGCUGGCGAUGGAGACCGUGUCCUCAGAGACGGCGGAGGGCUGGCGCCGCGCGCUCUCCCGCGUGGUGCCCGCCGUCGUCGUCCUCCACACCACGGCGCCGCGCGCCUUCGACACCGGGGUCGCGGGAACCAGCCAUGCCACGGGCUUCGUCGUUGACAAGUCCCGCGGCAUCAUCCUCACCAACCGCCACGUCGUCGGGCCUGGGCCUGUUGUUGCGGAGGCGAUUUUUGUGAACAGUGAGGAGAUACCCGUGUACGCCAUCUACAGAGAUCCUGUACAUGAUUUUGGGUUUUUUCGCUAUGAUCCAGCUGCCAUAAAGUACCUUAAGUACGAUGAGAUCCCUCUAGCACCUGAAGCAGCAUCUAUGGGGCUGGAAAUCCGGGUUGUCGGUAAUGACAGCGGUGAAAAGGUUUCAAUCUUGCCGGGAACAUUGGCUCGACUUGAUAGAGAAGCACCAAACUACCAAAAGGAUGGCUACAACGAUUUCAAUACAUUCUACAUACAGGCUGCAUCUGGUACUAAAGGUGGCUCUAGUGGUUCCCCUGUUGUUGAUUGCCAAGGAAGAGUUGUUGCACUGAAUGCAGGAAGCAGCAGUUCCAGUGCUUCGGCCUUCUACCUUCCAUUAGACGGUGUAGUUAGAGCACUCAAUCUGAUACGUGGCUGUUGGGACACAUUUGGUAGCAAGCCAGAAUCUGCUUAUAUUCCUCGUGGUACACUUCAGGUGACUUUUCAACACAAAGGUUUCGAAGAAACUCGACGUCUUGGACGCAGGAAUGAAACCGAGCAGGCGGUACGACUUGUUUCUCCAGCAGGGGAGACUAGAAUGCUGGUUGUUGAUUCUUUGGUGCCAGAUGGACCUGCAGACAAACAUCUGAAACCUGGUGACGUGCUGAUUCGCAUGAAUGGGGAGAUUGUAACGCAAUUUCUCACUAUGGAGUCCUUACUUGAUGAGAGCGUUGGCAGCGAGAUAAAUUUGCAGAUCGAAAGAGGUGGAACUCCUUUGACAGUAAAGCUGAAGGUAGGGGAUUUGCACUCCAUAACUCCAAAUCAUUUCCGGGAAGUUAGUGGUGCUGUCAUCCAUCCACUUUCAUACCAGCAGGCUAGAAACUUCGGGUUCAAAUGUGGUCUUGUAUAUGUUGCUGAACCUCCUGAGAUUUCUGUCUUAUGCAACAUGGUGACAGUUCCACGAUAUUCCAUCAUCAAAAAGUUUGCAAGAAAGGAUAUUGCACAUUUAGGUGACUUUAUUGCGGUUAUUUCAGAACUGUCUAGGGGAGAACGAGUGCCUCUUGAAUAUGUAACAUACACUGACCGACAUCGGAACAAGCAUACAAUAGUUACAAUUGAUCAGCGUGGAUGGUAUGCAACUCCUCAGUUAUAUACUCGAAAUGAUGCAACUGGAUUGUGGAUUGCAAAAUCAGCUAUGCUACUGGAAUCUCCAUAUGUAGUUUCCAUUCAUCAACGAGGUCAUAGGGAUGUAAACUCAAAUGUUGAUGAGAAUAUAGCUGUUGAAGGAACUGUGUCAUCUUCUAGAGAUUUAGAUGACAUAAAAGGUGUUUCACGGCAUUCUUCUAGCAUGGAAGGCUCUUCAUUGGCAGAACAAGUAAUUAAACCAGCUCUUGUGAAGUUUGAGGUGUGCGUGCCACCAAUAUGCAUGAUUGAUGGAGUGCAUGCUAAACAUUUCACUGGAGCUGGUGUGGUAAUACAUCAUUCUGACUCUCUUGGUCUGAUUGCUGUUGAUAGGAAUACAGUUGCUGUAUCUAUCUCUGAUAUAAUGGUUUCUUUUGCUGCAUAUCCCAUUGAAAUACCUGGAGAGGUUAUUUUUCUGCAUCCUUUUCACAACUUUGCAUUGGUUGCGUAUGAUCCUUCGACACUAGGAGUUGGAGCAUCCGUUAUCCGGGCUUCUAAACUUCUUACUGAACCUGCCUUGCGCCGAGGAGAUUCUGUGUACCUAGUUCGUCUAAUUGAUAGUUUACAUGCUAAAUCAAGGAAAUCAAUCGUAACCAAUUGGCAAGCUGUUAAUAUUUGCUCAAGUGACUUCCCACGGUAUCGUGCAAUUAAUACGGAGGUCAUUGAGCUCGAUACUGAUUCUGAUAUCGAACUUUCGGGUGUAUUGACCGACGAGCAAGGGAGAGUUCAAGCACUAUGGGCAAGUAUUUCCAGCCAGCUCUUCGGUUGUGGCAAAGAAGGCGACCAUCAGUUUGUUGUAGGUAUACCAAUAUACCUGAUAAGUCAAGUCCUUGAGAAGAUAAUCUCUGGUACUCCUGGACCAUUUCGUCUUAUUAAUGGAAUUAGGAGACCAGUGCCAUUUGUCAGACUUCUGGAGGUGGAGAUUUAUCCAACUUCGCUCACAGAGGCAAGAAGUUAUGGAUUGAGCAAUAGAUGGGUGCAGGCUCUAGAUGAGAAGGACCCUGAGCGAAGACAAGUAUUGCAAGUUAUAGGUUGCUUUGCUGGAUCAAAAGCGGAAACUCUUCUUGAAGGGGAUAUGAUUCUUGCUAUCGAUAAGAAGCCUAUUACAUGCUUCCUUGACAUUGAGAAUGCUUGCCAAAAGCUGGACCAUUCAGUUGGUUCAGAUGGAAUGCUUAACAUGACAAUAUUUCGCGAGGGAAAAGAAAUAGACCUUAUCGUUGGAACAGAUGUAAUAGACGGUAAUGGUACAACACGUAUGGUGAACUGGUGUGGAUGCAUAGUUCAGAAUCCUCAUUCGGCUGUACGUGCGCUUGGUUUCUUGCCAAAGGAAGGCCAUGGAGUUUAUGUUUCCAGAGGUUAUGCUGGAAGUCCCAUCCAUAGAUAUGGUCUCUACCCUCUCCAGUGGAUAGUUGAGGUUAACGGGCAACCAACUCCAGAUCUGGAAUCCUUCAUAGAGACGGUGAAGGUAUUGGAAGAUGGUGAAUUUGUUAGGGUGAGGACCGUGCAGUUGAAUGGAAAAUCUCGCGUCCUUGCUCUCAAACAGGACCUUCACUACUGGCCAACCUGGGAGCUCAACUUUGAGCCGGAGACAGCAACAUGGCAAAGGAGGACAAUAAAAACGUUGCAACGUGUGAUGAGAAAAAGGCUUUCGCCCCGCUAUAUUGAUAUAGCAACCGCCCGAUACAGCCAAGAGUUCAAUGCUGGGGCAAACAGCACAAGCAUGCCCAAAAGAAACAAAAGAGAAAGAAGAGAGAAAAUAACGUCAACAGCAUCGGAUCGACGAAAACGAAGAUAACCCAAAAUCGUUGCGCCCACCGGAGAUGUACCACACCUCGCUCCAGGCACCUCGAACCUCCGCAUACCAAGCAGCACCUUCAGGAAGGAACACGACGACGACGACGCUGCUGCCCGGACAGGUCCUAGGGUUUCCCCCGGUACGCGGAGGGGCGUGGGGAAGGGGAAGAUCCGACGCCCUUCAGGAAGGAAGGAUGGCGCCCAUGGGCGUCACCGCGUCGGUGCCGGCAAGCCGGCUCGGAUUUCUCCCAUCCGCCAACACCCACAACCUCGAACAGUCCGACGCGCUCCACCAGACAAGCCACCCACGAACGUGCGCCACCACGGCCUUGCCAUCAUCACCGCCGCCUCACCGUGGUCAUCGAAGCGAGACCGACGAGAGCGAGAGGGAGUAGCCGGGAACGAAGAACGGCAGCGAGAGCAACCACGCCGGAGGAGACAACCUCCACCGCCAUCGGCGGUCACCGACCGGACGCGGCAAGGGGAGCGUACCAGGCCCUCGAGGCCCGGCCGAGCCCAAAAGGGGCUCGUGAAGCACC